UCUGUCUCUCAGUCUCUCUUUUUCCAUCUGCCUGUUAGAUGAUAUACUCAAGAACUAUCUAGGAGAAUCAAAAUAAUCAUUCGCUUUCUCUGUAUACACAUCCUGGAAGAUCUAUAUGUUGACUACACUGAAGAUUAGUUGCUGAAGCGUCCAAAAGAUUGUGUUCACAGAGCUUGAGCUUACAGACAGUGUUUUCGGAGGAUUUUUAAGUAUUCUACAGCCAAAAAUGGACCUAGAGAAAAUGUCAAAUGGUCACCAUGGUCAUGGCGAUAUCAAGAAUGUGGAGAACGAAUUUACCAGCUUUGAUGCCCUUGAAAACAUGGCAGAAGGUGACCAGUUCCUCAACAGCAAGAGCAAUGGAAAGACAGAGACUCAGUUUACAGAUUUUGUGGGAAAGACUUCUUUCGGAAUGUCAAUUUUCAACCUCAGCAAUGCUAUAAUGGGCAGUGGAAUUCUGGGAUUGGCUUAUGCCAUGGCCAACACCGGGAUUAUUCUUUUUGUAUUUCUGUUGAUAACCAUUGCUUUGCUCUCUGCUUACUCCAUCCACCUACUUCUGAGGAGUGCAGGAGUGGUUGGCAUCCGUGCAUAUGAACAGCUGGGGCAGCAUGCAUUUGGUACACCCGGGAAAAUUUUAGCAGCAUGUAUUAUAACAUUGCACAACAUUGGAGCAAUGUCAAGUUAUUUAUUUAUUGUGAAGAUAGAGUUACCUCAUGUUAUUGAGGGUCUCAUGGGACUGCCAGACAACUCUGGUCAUUGGUAUGUAGAUGGCAGAUACCUCAUCAUUAUUGUUAGUGCCUGCAUCAUUUUCCCUCUGGCACUUAUGAAAAGACUUGGGUAUUUGGGGUACACCAGUGGCUUCUCCCUCAGCUGCAUGGUCUUCUUUCUCAUAUCUGUGAUCUAUAAGUGUCUCAGCAAUUCUGGUAUAGAUUCUGAGAGCAACCACAGCAAAAAAUGCACUUUUCCUAAUGCAAGCAUAAUAAACUCUACCACUGAAAUAAGCAUAAUGAACUCCACCACCGAAAUAAGCAUAAUCAACUCCACAAGUGAAAUAUGCGAGGCCAAACUUUUAACUGUCAACCUACAGACUGCAUUUACCAUCCCUAUUAUCGCAUUUGCAUUUGUGUGUCAUCCAGAAGUAUUGCCCAUUUACACAGAACUCAGAAAUCCAUCCAAAAAAAGGAUGCAAAACGUUGCUAAUAUCUCUAUUUUGGCCAUGUUUGUCAUGUACCUGCUCACUGCAAUCUUUGGCUACCUCACCUUCUAUGCAAAUGUGGAUUCUGAGCUUCUGAAGAUGUACAAUAAAAAAGACAUCCUGAUGUUGUGUGUUCGACUGGCUGUGCUGGUGGCAGUGACACUGACCGUUCCUGUCGUUCUCUUCCCGAUCCGUCGUGCCGUCUUGCAGCUUCUGUUUCCCGAUAAGCCUUUCAGCUGGGUGUGCCACAUCAUCAUCGCCAUGUGUCUCCUGUUUGCUGUCAAUCUGCUCGUCAUCUUCGUGCCCAACAUUCGGGACAUCUUCGGCUUCAUCGGUGCAACAUCAGCUCCCAGCCUAAUUUUCAUUCUGCCAGGAAUAUUCUACAUUUACAUCGUCCCUGAGGAGCAGGAGCCAUUGAAAUCUCGACCAAAGAUUCUGGCGAUUUUGUUUGUGACUCUGGGGUUCAUCUUCAUGAUUAUGAGCAUUACAUUCAUCAUAAUCGAGUGGGCCAAUGGAAAGCAGUCGGUGGGCGCUCACUGACAGAGCUGAGACAGUGAAACAGACUCCAGCACUUAAAGACCAAAUACAGCAAACACGCAAUGCUGUGCCUGAAAACAUGAUUCAGGUUCAGGUUCACCCAUCAGAUAAGUCCAAAAUAAAAAAUGGUUUUCAAGAAGACCAUACCAUAAAUAUGGAAGACAAUACUAUAAUAUAUAAAGAAUUUAAAAAGCAUGGAAAGAUGUUCUUGACAUGCUUCAGCUAUGAUUUUAUUUUUAUAAAAGCCAGUUUUACUUGAAAUACAUUGCUGUUAUGAAUGGAAUCAGAUGGAAUCUCCAAAAUUACACCAAACAGAUGGAAGAACUGUGAAACUAAGAUGAGAAUCCACUCAUCUUUAUUGCCAAAGUUUUAAAUAUGCAGAUUGAAUUCUACCUCCUACUAAACAGAGAAAUUUUAGUCAAUUCAUGUUUUUAUUUUAGUUCAUAAUGUAUGUUUUGGGGUCCAAAAGUCCUUAUUUCUAGUAGUUUAAUAAAAGAUAUUUCAUUACAACUAAUAUUAAAGUUUUUCUCAGUGGCUUAGGUGCAUUUCUCACAACACUAUUUACAUUUGCACAACAGUUAAAGCAUUUCUCAAAACAAUUAGUACAAACUGCAAAAACUAGUUGAUAGUCUGCAAAAGCGUGUCAAUUGCCAAAAUAGAUAGCUCAUUCCUCAAAUGCAAGUAUUCAUGUCAAUGAAAAUGUCAGUAUCAUCAAGAAGAAAAGUCCUGACACCAUUGGUUAUAAACAAGAUAGUCAAAUGGCUUUGUAAUGUUUUCACUACGACAGUUUACUCUGUACAUUUUUUCAGAUGCAAAAAAAGUCAGAUUUUGGUGACACUUCCUGAAAAUGCUCAAGACAGCACUAUAUACUAUUUGCAAAGCAAUUUGAAAACUAUAGUAAAGUUAGACAUCACUGCAUUUAGUGAGGUAUCUGAGUACAAGACGCUGAAUAUGUAUGUUUCACAUUUUUACUCCAUUUGCUCUUUGCAAUUCUAAUUUAUUCACAGCAUUGUGCAAAAGAACCUACAACAUUCAUAGGUCUGUAAAUCAUUUAUGAAAUUGUUCAAUUUAGAAGACAUUUUCAGCCAGUAAAGAUGUAAAAUGUUUUAUAAAAUUAGCUUGACAGAUUUUGAUGUUGUUGUAAUGAUGUAUGUAAUGUAUGUAAUGACUCAGAUAAUGAAAUGAGGACUAUUAGUUUUAUAUGGAAUGACUAUUCAGCAUUCACAAGAUUAGUUAAUUUUGACUGACAUGACAUAAGCAAAUGAGAAUGUUAUAAAACAGCAGAGUUGUAUGAAAGCAAUUGAUGCAUGUCCAAAAACAUUUGCAAUUUGUUGGAAGGAAUGAGAAACUGCAACUAUGAUGUGCACAACUGACUAAUAUUUGAGAAAUGGAUUAACUGUUCUGCAAAUGUAAAUAUGCACCAAAGCGACUGAGAAAUAACAUAUUUUGUGAAGUGUUUUAGCAAAACCUGAUGAAUUGAACUAUAUCUUAAAACAAUAAUUAUUAUAAUAGUAUUUAUUUUUUUACAAUCCUAAACUUUUUUAGUUCCAGUUGAUUUAAAGUGCUUCUUUUAUCCUCACUUGUAAGUCACUUUGGAUAAAUACAUCUGCUAUAUGAGUAAAUGUAAAAGUAUUUCAAAUCCCAGAUAUUCCAUUUGGUCUCAGAUCUUUGGACCCCACUAUAUGUACCUCUCAGAUAACUUACAUUUUUAAUGAAGAAUAUCCUUGAGUAUAAAACAUUUAUAACAUUAUUUAACAAUGAAAGGUUUCUAAACUAAAGUACUAAAGUAAAUGUGUAAAGUAUAUGUAUUGGUACGUUUUGUGUCUACACCAAUGAAACAAUUUAAAUACAGUAGCAAUGUAUGUUUUACAGUAGUUAUUGUAUUCCAGAAGCAUAAAACACUGUUUUCCGUGUUGUAUGUUAUUUUAUUUGUUGUGUAAUUGAGAGGACUUUUUUAACAUCAUGAAAAUGAGCAUACUUGAAAAAUGUUGUUGGAUUUGAGACAUUUUUUUUCAUAUGUGGCAUCCCUGCAGGCACAGGAUGUCAACAUGAUGUCAUAUUGACGUUGUACCCCAACGUCGUGGGGACGUUGGAUUAUGUUUGGAAAUGAAAAUCGGGUUGACGUCAGAACCCAAAGUCAGGCUGACGUCAGUGUUCAACGUCCAACCUAAAAUCAAAUAUCAACAUCUAAUCAUGUUACACCUUGAUGUUGUGUGGACGUUACCACGAUGACAUCUAUCAGACGUUGGAUGUUGGUCACUUUCCAAAACAACCUAAAAUCAAUCAAAUAUCAACGUGAUUUGACGUCGUUAUUGGACUUCAAAAUAACGUUGUCCUUAGACGCUGACUAGACAUUGAGUUUUAGUCAGCUGACGUCAUGACCUAAUGCAACCUAACAUUAACGUCUUAUGAUGUUGUGUGCCUGCUGAGAUAUUAUGAUCCAGUGACAAAGAAAAUCACUCCAGGAAUGGACUGGAAAAUGAUGAAUGCUAUUUAUAAUUUGUUAUGAAUAGGCACUACAAAAUAACAUGGCAUUGAUAGCUGUAUCUAUUAUCUAAGCUUACAGAAAUAAUUCUGUGGUCAUAUUACAACAUGCCCAUCACAGUCAGUUCUCAUCUGUAUCUGUUUAUAUGGACCAAGACUAACCUGUUUUGUGCUGGGACAUUACGACGAUGAAUAAAAAAGUCUGCUUGUUUUGUAUAGUUUUCCAUGUAUAUAUUGUGUUUGAUAUUUUGAAAUGGAAGCAGCUUGUAUUGUACAUCUGUGUAUAUUGUUUGUACAUAUUUUCAGUUUUUUUCUGUUCAGAUUUAGCCUGAAUGCUGACAAAAAAAAAUGAACAAAUGCUUAAAUCAAUGAUUACUGGGAAGUUUAAAUUGAAAAUUAAUUCACAUUUCCACAUGAUGAUUUUUUUCUCUCUAAGUGCCUGGUGUCAAAUGAAAUUGUAACAAUCCCAUCAUUCCACAGUUAAUGUUCAGAAUUGCUAUUUAUUAUUGAAGACAUUUCUCUCUGUACAUACGAUCUUAAGAAUAAACUGAACAUAUACUUACAUUUUAAA